CCUCUCUUCCCAUGACGCAGACAGUGGCUGCAGGGCAAAAUCUGGGAGCUCAGCAGCAAUGAGGUGCUUGCUGGAUGCUCUCUCUUAUCCGGACUGACACAAGGUACAGACCUGUAUCUCUCUAGCGGCAGGACAUACCACAGAGCCGCUCAUCAGGUUCUUCCAUCCUGUGCAUCAUGGAGUGUAACCUCUGUAAGUGGCUGAGUGAGAAGAGGGGGUCCCGCCAGGUGGUCCUAGUGGUGGUUUCCGUAGCACUGCUCCUGGAUAACAUGCUCUUCACAGUUGUGGUUCCUAUCAUCCCAAGUUUCCUCUAUGAGAAGGAACACAAGAAUGGAAACAUGACUAUAGACCACAUGUCUUCUCCACCUCCCAACAUCUCUGCCUUUUUAACUAUCCAUUCUUUCUAUGACAAUUCUACGAUCUCCAGUGGGGAAUCACAUCUUCAAAGCCCCAGGGUCAAGACCCAGGGACCCAUAAAGAAUAACAGCUGCAAUAAGGAGACAAGUGUUUUGCAGGAUGAGAACGUACAAGUUGGUCUACUGUUUGCUUCCAAAGCAAUUUUACAGCUCAUGGUCAAUCCACUAGUGGGACUGAUCACCAACAGGGUUGGAUAUGAUCUGCCAAUGUUCUGUGGAUUUGUCAUCUUGUUCCUCUCCACUAUCAUGUUUGCCUUCUCUGGGUCAUACACCCUUCUCUUCUUAGCAAGAUCCCUGCAGGGAGUUGGAUCUUCCUUCUCUACUGUUGCAGGUCUGGGGAUGCUGGCGAAUGUAUACACGGAUGAUUAUGAGAGAGGACAGGCGAUGGGAAUAGCGCUGGGCGGUCUGGCAUUGGGCGUGCUCACUGGGGCCCCAUUUGGUUCUGUCAUGUACGAGUUUGUUGGGAAAGCAUCUCCGUUCCUGGUGCUGGCGGUUCUGUCUCUGCUGGAUGGAGCCCUCCAGCUCUUCUUUCUGCGGCCGUCCAAGUUCUCUUCAGGGAGCAUUGCUCCAACAUCAUAUGCGACACUGCUAAAGGACCCCUACAUCAUAGUGGCUGCAGGUUCCCUGGCAAUUGCUAAUAUGGCUGUUGGAGUUAUGGAACCCACUCUGCCCAUAUGGAUGAUGGAAACCAUGUGCUCUCCCAACUGGCAACUAGGCCUGGCUUUCUUGCCUGCCAGCAUCUCCUACCUACUUUGCACUAACGUGUUUGGCACGCUGGCUCACAAGAUGGGGAGGUGGCUGUGCUCUCUGCUUGGAAUGAUUGUGGUGGGAGUUAGCCUUCUUUGUGUACCACUAGCUACCAGUAUCUAUGGACUCAUCGGUCCUAACGCUGGGAUUGGCGUUGCCCUCGGAAUGGUGGAUGCCUCCAUUAUGCCCAUCAUGGCACAGUUAGUAGAUCUACGUCACACAUCUGUCUAUGGCGGGAUAUAUGCCAUCUCCGACAUCGCUCUAUGCAUGGGAUAUGCAGUGGGGCCCUCGUGUGGUGGCGCUAUUGCAAAGGCGAUUGGAUUCCGCUGGCUAAUGGUGAUCAUUGGUGUGCUAAACAUCCUCUACGCUCCGCUCUGUCUCCUACUGCGCAGCCCACCAGCCCAAGAGGAAAAACUGGCUAUCCUAAAUCAGGAAUGUCCUAUGGAGAUCAAGACUUACAUGGCUCAAAAUAACACACAGGACCUGCCACUGUCUGACCACAGUAGUGAUGAGGAGAUCAGCACUCCCCAAGACAGCACUAACCGAAUCCACCACUGACCAACUUAACAUCGAGCAUGGUGCUGGAGAGUGCACGGGAGCUGCAGACUCUUACCAUGUUAAUCAGUGCCCUGAUUUCUCAGAUGUUUAAAAAAACAAAACAAAGAAAACUAUUUGGACUGCCUUAUGUAACUUCUCCAUAACUCAUACAGAUUAUUUCUGAGCCUCCAUCAUUGAGGCCUGACUCUUCGUGACACCACUAAGAAAUCUGCCUGCACACCAUUCCCAGAAUGCACUGCCUGAAAUCUACACACAGUCAAACCACUAACUAAACUCACUGGCUGCCAUUUCCUAAUGUUAUUUAACCCUAAAACGUUUCUGUGUAGUAAACAUAUACAGUGCAUACAGAAAGUAUU